GCUGCUCAGCCCCAUGCCAUGCCCGAAGGCCACUCUGACUCCGCCAGACUUACUAAAAUUAGCUCACACUCGGGCUCAGUGGCCACACUGCCACCCUGGCCUGGGGCCCCCAGCCCAGGAAGACGCUGCCCAGAGUAGCCAUUUCCCCACGACCACCAUGUCUCAGACACAGACACCGAAGGUCCGUGUGACCCUCUUCUGCAUCCUGGUGGGCAUCGUGCUGGCCGUUGUGGCCGUGGUGAGCGACCACUGGGCAGUGCUGAGCCCCAGGGUGGAGGGGCACAAUGUCACCUGCCAGGUGGCCCACUUUGGCCUCUGGCGGAUUUGCAUCAAGCUUAUCACCGUGGACGACAGCAAGGACAAGAGCUGUGGACCCAUCACCCUGCCUGGGGAGCAAAACUGUUCCUACUUCAGACAUUUGAAUCCAGGUGAGAGCUCAGAGAUCUUCGAAGUCACCACUCAGAAAGAUUACAGCAUCUCUGCGGCCGCCCUCGCCCUCCUCAGCCUGUGCUUCGCCCUCCUGGGUUCUGCCUGUGUGCUCCUGUCCUGCAGGAAGCGGCGAGACUACCUGCUGAGACCUGCUGCCAUGUUCUACACUUUUGCAGGCCUCUGCCUCUUCGUCUCUGUGGAGGUGAUGCGCCAGUCGGUGCAGCGCGUGGUUGACAGCGAGGACUCCGCCCGGGUGCAGCCGCGCUUCUCCUGGGCCUUCGCCUGCGCCUGUGCCGCCUUCGUCCUGCUCUUUCUGGGCGGCCUGGCGCUCCUGCUCGCCUCCCUGCCUCGGAUGCCCCGGAACCCCUGGGAAUCCUGCAUGGACGCCACGGAGCAGGAGCGCUAGGCCUCUGUGACUCGGGGCCUUCCCCGGGGGGAGCCAGCCCAGCCGGCAGUGUUGGCAUCUGUCCCCUCUGCUUCCUGAACCUGCCCCUCCAAGCACAGGGCCCUUUCAAGCACUCUUCUGGCCAAGGGACAAAAAUGCAGGCCUUCCCCACCUGCAGGGGAGUCGCUUCACAGGCGGUGAAGCAGGUCUGCAGGUGUCUGUCUUUCUCUCCCCCUCUCUGUCUUCCCCUCCUCUCUCCAUGUCUCUCUGUCCUAGCCAACAAUGACGACAUCAAUAACAACAAUAACGACAACCACAACAGA